UUUCAAAAAUCUAAAAAUAGCAAAUUACUAAUUCUAUCAAGGGAGACAAAUGAAGUUACACGUCAUUCAGCAUGGACUUCCGGUGAAUUGUCCAAUCAAAACGUACGACAUUGAUCACCUUACAAAAGGUAAACACGAAACUACUGGAAGGAAAUUUACGCUAUUUCAUCAGCACAUUUGAUCAUUUUUGCUUUAAUGAAACUUUAGUUUUACAGUCUGUAUGGGGCAAAAGAGGUGCAAACGAUGGAAUUCUUGUUUAAUGUGGUUUGCGGCCUCACUCGGCGCUUUUUGCCUCACAGUUUCUCAUUCGCAAGCGACACCAAACUGGGACGGUGCGGAUGGGGCUCAAGAUAGCUUUGAUUCAAAGAAAUCCGAUCAAAUUCCUGUCAGUGACAUAAAUUCAGAUAGAAGGCUUAUUCUUGUGAGCACACUGGAUGGUAAAUUAUCUGCCCUCGAUGAUAAGGACGAGGGGAAGUUGUUAUGGAGUGUUGCUGCAGACUCUAGGCCUCUUCUUUCAUCCAGUAUCAGUAAAAUGGAGAUAAUGCACGAUGGUGUACCGACACGUUAUAUACCUUCCCUUGAUGGUGGUCUGUACAGAUAUGACGGGGACAGUAUUGAAGCCGUGCCAUUAUCUGCUGACACAUUGUUGAGUUCCACGUUCAAGCUGGCAGACAACACAAUGAUGAUUGGUGGAAAAGAUAUCGUUACAUACGGCCUUGACCCUCAUACCGGACAGGUGAGAUAUGCAUGUGGAGUAAAGGGAUGUCGGACAUUUGGUGAAGAAGUUGUGAAUGAGGAGGACCUUUUAAUUGUAAAUCGUCAAACACAAACUGUACGAGCUGUGGAUUCUAGGUCAGGAUCUGAAAAGUGGAACUUUAGUGUUGGUGAACAUGAAUUGACCUUCAUUAAAGGUCAAAGACAGAUCAUCUCUAAUAACCAUGGUAACACAGAUGAUGAGGUUGACAUUGUGACAUGUGACCCUGAAGAUGAGGAACAGGAUCCUAUAGAUGAUAUGGAGAUGUUUUCUAACUCGGUGAAGAUUGUCGUACCAGAGGGAAUGAUUGUUGGUGUAAGUCCAGACAAUAUGCAGGCUGUAACCUGGCAGUAUAAGUUUAAGAGUCCGGUAUCAAAUGUAUGGUUGCUGUUUAAAGGUGAGUUACAGCGUAUAGAUAUGUUUGGAAACAACAAUAUACCGGCAUUGUCCAGCUUUGAACCUGGGGAGAGACCUAUACAUCCACCAUUGCUCUAUGUGGGCAUGCACGAGAAACAGCUAUAUGUACAACCCUCAGCACAGAUGCAGGAACGUAUGUCCGAGGCAACAAAGAAACUUCCCCAUGAUGAUUUUCCGGAAACAUGCCAGAAAGACAGUAAACAUUUACCAAGGGUGGCCUGGAAACCAUAUCUGAAUACUGCACAGUGGCGAACACCUGCAAUAAACCAUGAGCGUCCGCAGAUUACAUCAGAGCCUGGUUAUACAAACAUGGAUAGAUGUCAGGAGGGAGAUAAUGCCCUAGUUAUCUGGCAUGAAAACUAUCCCUUUGAUAAUGGAUUCUACUUGUACCCUGAAUUUACUCUACCGGUUCCCAGCAGUGAAGAUGAUUCAGCCGAGAACAUGUCCGAGAGGUACCAGCCGUACGAACCAUCAAUGUAUGAUGGUGUAAUUGCUGUACCUGUAACACUCUGGAAUUGGUGGAAAGAAGUGAUAGCAAUCAGUAUAUUAACAUCAGUUAUUGUACAUGUAAUUCUAACGAGAGUACAUAAAGCACGUGAAGUGUUGGCUCAAAGCUUUAGUUCUGGUCAGUUAAAUUCUCAAGAUUCCUCCAAUGCUAAGGAUGUUGAUGAUGGAAGUACCAGCAACCCACCAAGCAGGCAGAAUUCUGAAGAAUACAUAUCAAGAUAUGCAUCUGAUUUUGAUCAUAUAGAAGUUCUAGGUAAAGGUGGAUUUGGUGUUGUAUUUGAAGCCACAAAUAAAGUAGAUGAAUGUCAUUAUGCUAUCAAGAGGAUUUCUCUACCUAACAGUGAAAAUGCAAAGGAGAAAGUUAAAAGGGAAGUUAAAGCUCUAGCCAAACUUGAUCAUGUUGGUAUAGUUAGAUAUUAUCAUGCCUGGAUAGAGUCACCUCCCCCUGGCUGGCAGGAAGAAAGAGACCAGCAAUUAGAGUACAGUGAAGGUGCUACUUCCCCUUCUGUCAUUACACAGUCACCAAGCUCUAUUCACAAAGGCUCACCUUCAAAAUCAGAAAUUGACCCUGCAAACAACAAUCUGCUCAAAGUAGAGACAAAUAUUGUACAAAAUAUGAAUCAGAGCCCAACACAUUUGCUUAAAAAUCCUUUUGGAAAUAAUAUUCUUGAAUUAAAUGAGUUGGAUAUAAAACGAGGAGGUAGUGAAGAGUUUUCAGUUCAUAAUGUUAGUGAGAGUCAGUGGGAUAUUGAUGAGGAUGGGAACCUGUCGUUCAGUACGCAGCCAUCGUUAUGGUUGAAGGAGGACGAUGAUGAGAGUGGUUCAUUUAGUUGUGGGAUGGGAACUCCUAACUCGGCAGGUGCACAUAUAGACGAGUCCGUUGAUAUAGAGUUUAGACACAGUGCUGAUGAAAAUUCCACUACCAAUAAUAAUUCCAAAACUAGCCAACACAUUCCAUUAUUUUCUAAUAUAUCAGAGUCCAUUGAUGAUAUACCUAUAGAAGACACAAAUAAUUCAUUUCAUAUUAUAUUUGAGGAUUCAGGGUGUGGUGAUAAAAGUUCUAAGAAUUCAGCAGAAGAUGUUUGUGUUGACAUAACAAACCAGUCUGAUUUCACAGAGAGUUCCCAUCUAAGUUGUAGUAACGGAAAAUGUAAACUUUCAUCAAGUGCUGGAAGCAAAUGCUUCUGUCCCAAAAAUAGUUCAAAAACACAUUCAAGGACAAACUCGCGCUCAAUGUCAAAAGACGUUGCAAAUUUCACUAUUGAAUCAGAAGUGAAACCUUCAGCUAAGCAUGAGACAAAAGAUGUUGAUAAGAAUGAGAAACAUCAUAAAGCAAAGUUGUCUUACUUGUAUAUACAAAUGCAGCUUUGUAAACGCGAGACGUUGAAAGAUUGGUUGGCAUCAAAUACGUUGAACAGAGAUAGGCACAUGGUACUGGACAUGUUUGAUCAGAUAGUUUGUGCUAUAGAAUAUGUUCAUGACUGUGGACUCAUGCACAGAGAUUUAAAGCCUUCCAAUAUAUUUUUCUCUAUUGACGGGGUCAUAAAGAUGGGAGAUUUUGGUCUGGUCACAGCCCUACCUGAGGAGCAGAAUGAAAUGUUAUAUGGGGGUAACCCAUAUAGGAAACAUACAGCUCAAGUGGGAACACAGCUCUAUAUGAGCCCUGAACAAACAAGUGGUAAGGUGUAUUCACACAAGGUAGAUAUCUACAGUCUGGGUGUGAUCCUUUUUGAAUUGCUCUACCCAUUUGCCACACAGAUGGAACGGGUCAGUACAUUGCUGAAAGUACGCCAACAAAACUUUCCUGAUAGAUUUUCUAGAGAGAUGCAAUAUGAGGCUAACUUUGUAAAAUGGUUACUGUCUCCGAAGCCUGAGGACCGACCAUCUGCAAACGAAAUAUUAUCAAGUGAUCUCCUGAAGGACUUUGAAAACCGUAGAAUGCCUCGCAGGUUCAGAACAAGAACUGUUUCACAGAAUAGUAGUUAAUGAGACUUGAUGUGACAUUCCAUGUAAAAGUGCGGCAAUAUUUGUCUAGUGUAUUACUAUGAAUAAAAACAAAAACUUUGUAGUGUGUAACUUUGAUGUAACAUCUUGUUGCAUAUAGAAAGAAACGUUAAAUAUGGCAAAAUAUGAAAUAAAACUGUUUCUUACAGUGUGUAACAUGCCAAAUCAUGUUUCUGCAAGUUAGUAAUCUACAGUGUGACACUGUUGGUAACAGUUUUUUUAACAUGUGUACUAAAUUAUUUAUGUAGCAUUAGCAAUAGUUCUGCAAGAUGAUAGCAAAAUAUUAGUUGGUGUUGCAGGCCAAAUCAUGUUGCAUUCAACAAGAAAUAUAUAUUGUGGCACAUUGUAUAAUAUAACAAAUCAUGAUCAGUAACAAAAUGAGAGGGCAAUAAUUUAAGUUUACAGUAACUUUAUAUCCCAUAUGAUUAUCACGUGACAUCUGGUCUUAGCUAAUCAACAUGUAAAUAUCAGCAGAAGUAUACGUUACAGACUAAUUUGUAAAUAUACACUGGAGAAUAUAUUGUGAUCAUACCAUUGCAAUUAGAGUAGUUAUAAUUAUAACAUAAUCUCAUACAUAGAAACAAAUAAGGAGCCUAUUAGAACACAGCGGCUGUGUCAUACAUUUGUUUGUCAAUAAAGCCAGGACAGGUUUGAUGAAUAUCUUAAAACGUGCUAAAAAUAUACAUCUUGUAUGUUUUUCAUUAGGAAUUUAUUUUUGUAGAAUCAGGACUUUUUUUCCACACAUUGAGAAAGUCAACUAAUUAAAGUUUGACACAUCAGAGUUCUACUGUACUUUAUCAUUGUACAUAUGAUAUUAUACUGAUGUCCAUUAAUCUUCAGUAAUUAAAAGUAAGCUAAGACAGGUGCCUGAUAAUUACUUGAGGAACAAAGUAAUUUUAUUUAAAUAUAGACCUCCCUGUGUGCGUAAAACUUAUGAUCUAUAACAAGUUAUCUGAUUGGUGGUUAAGGUUUUAUUAUAAUAAACCAAACAUCUUCCAUCUUUGACAAUCAUGAAUAAACAUGGCCUUUUAAAGGAAUUCAUAUCAACAUUUGUACAAGAAUAUGUUGUAAAUUUUAUUUUCAUUGGUCUUAUAAGUUACUAACUUGUAUGAUUCAAUUUAUUUAUUGAAUAAUUAUGUGUAGCCUUCCAUUUAGUACUUUACAAUUAAUUUUCACCAUGGCAUUUGUGUUGUUUAUGUAUGAAACAUGGUCAGUUGGGUGUCAGUUUAUUAGUGGAUAGUUAAAAUCCCUUGUUUAUUUAAACUGCUUUUACUAAUAUACGGUAACAUGACAUUUGAAUGUGAGAUGAAGAAAAUAAGAUAAUUUAUAUAUGGACCAUAGUUAAUGUAAUCUUAACGUGUUGAUCAUAUUUUAGUUUCAUUUUCCUUGCCAAAUGUAAUGAAUUAUAAUCUGUGCUUCCAGAACAGAAUGCAUUCUACGAGUUGGUAUGGCAGAUAGUUUUAUAAUAGUAAGCAUUGGUAUGGCAGAUUGUUUAACAAUGGUAAGAGUUGAUAUGGCAGAUAUUUUUACAAAAGUAAGCAUUGGUAUGGCAGAAAGUUUUACAAUAGUAAGUGUUGGUAUGGCAGAUAGUUUUACAAUAGUAAGCAUUGGUAUGGCAGAUAGUUUUACAAUAGUAAGAGUUGGUAUGGCAGAUAGUUUUACAAUAGUAAGCAUUGGUAUGGCAGAUAGUUUUACAAUAGUAAGAGUAGGUAUGGCAGAUAGUUUUAUAAUAGUAAGAGCUGGUAAUUGGCAGAUAGAGGGAUUUCAAUAUAACUUGGCACAAACGUUCUUUAUUGUGAGGUGGAGUGUCAUGUGCAAAAUUUAGGUCCCUGCAGCCAAGGUCAAGGUCACACAUAGGGGUCAAAGUUCAGGUAAAAAAUAAAAAUGUGUAUUGGGACCAUUUAGUUAUCAUUUAUUGAGGGAUUGAAACACAAAUGAUCCUUUUCAUGACUACUGGUGUGAAACAUGUAAUUAAUGUUACUAUAUGCAAGGUCAAGGUCACUAAAGAUGAUAAAAUAUAGAGAUUUUGUCCAGAGCAUAUCUCCUACACAUACAGAGAGACUGUUAUGAAACGUCAUACAAAUGUUCACCACUAUGAGAAGCUGUGUCUCGUGCAUGAACCAGGUCUCUAGGUCACAGGUCAAGGUCUCACUAAGAGGUCAUUGAAAAACGCUUGUCCGGAGCAAAAUAUCUACAUGCAUAGAGGGAUCUCAAUAUAACUUGGCACAAAUGUUCAGUAUUGUUAGGCGUAGUGUCGCACUAAAAAUUUAGGUCCCUGUGGCUAAGGUCAAGGUCUCACAUAAGGGUCAAAGUUGAGAUAAAAAAUCACUAGAGAUAAUUAUAUAUCCAGAUAUUGCCCAGAGCUUAUCUCCUAUAUGCAUAUCUAUAAUGCCCACAUCUCUGUCAAAAGCUUCUGUGAUGGGCGUAUAUUGCGACAAUGUUGC